AUGGCAAAUGAUUACAAUUGGAUAAAGGAUGUUUUUCAAAAUAUGAAUGAUGAUUUUUUAAAUAGAUUUUUAAAAAUUGCUGAAAAAGCUGAUAAAUGCCCUAAAAUAUAAAAAAUAUAAAUGGCGUUUUUGAGAAAUGAUGUCAUGUUUAGUGCAGAAAAAUAAAAAUGGCUUUAAAUAGAAUUCAAUUUAAUUGCUGUUUCUUUUACUUUUAUUGCUGAAUAGGUCUAAUAACUAUAAAAAGGUUUAAAAAAUUCGUAUUUCAAAUAUUUCUUUUAAGAAUACUAGAUUUUGGAUAAAAGUACUAAAUAUAUGGUUGUUGAAGCUCUUUUUUAAGCUUUUUAGCUUUAUAAUAAUCCUAAAAGUUAAAUUUUGAUUGUAGUAAGUGAAUUUGAAGGCAACAUAUAUGAUUAAAGAUAUUUAGAAUAUUAAUUGGCAAAAAAAUACGGGAUAUUAGCAAAAAGAAGAACUUUUUAAGAGUUAAUAAAAUAAGUCCAUGUUGAUGAUGAACUAAGACUUUUUGUAGAAAAUGAUGAAAUAGCUAUUGUCUAUUUCAGAACAGGAUAUACUCCUGAAUAAUAUCCAAGUGAAGAAGCAUGGGAAAUAAGAGAAAAAAUAGAACUCACAAAGGCAAUAAAAUGUCCUUCUAUAAAUUUGAAAUUGAUAAACUUUAAAAAAAUACAAGAAGUUUUAUAAAAGGAAGGUGUUUUAGGGAAAUUUUUAUAAGAAGAAAAAGACUAAGAAGCCAUAAAAGAAAACUUUGCGGAAAUCUUAGAUUUUGAAAAUGAAGAAGAGUAAUAGAAUCUAAUUAUUGAAACUAAAAAACAUCCAGAAAAAUAUGUACUUAAACCAUAAAGGGAAGGAGGAGAUAAUAAUAUUUAUGGUGAAAAAAUAAGCACUUUUUUGGAAAAAAUAACUGUUUAAGAAAGAAAGAAUUAUAUAUUGAUGGAAAAAAUAGUGCCUUAACCUCAUAUUUGCUUAAUGGUUAGAAAUAGAGAAAUUGAGGCUUAGGCUUGCGUAGCUGAGUUAGGUAUAAUGUCUUAUUUUAUUUUUGAAGGAAAUAAUAUUAUUUAAAGUAAGUAAGGGGGAUAUUUAGUUAGGUCAAAGAAAUAUUUUGAUGAUGAAGGAGGAGUUAAUGCUGGACAUUCGGUUAUUGAUGGAGUAAUGUUUAAGAUUUGA